AUGAGCCCGGCACCUCCCUAUAGGCCGCCACUGAAUGAGGUCUACUCUAAUAAUUAUCCAGCCAGCAUGGGUGCCGGCACCGGCCUCGGGGUGGUGGACUGGGAGACAGCACAGGGGCCGCCCGGCGCGACGAGGCAUGCCGAUGGGCAGGCACAACCACCCUCAACCAAAGGCGACGAGGCGAGGAUAUGCGGCCUAAAACGAAAACUGUUCUUGAUCCUCCUGGCUAUUGUUCUCGUUGUUCUCGCAAUCGCAAUCGGCGGAGGGGUUGGUGGGGGCCUAGCUGCGAGGAACAAGGCCCAAAAGGCAUCACAAGAAGCCGAGGUUGAGACCGGUGACGAGGAUAGCGUUGUGUAA